AUGGCACACAACCAGCAGUUUCCAGCCAAGACCCCCAUCAUCAAACUCAAGGAGCAGGACUUUUACUCCUUAUGGGGUCAUUGCCUAAACAGAGGGCUGCUGUUUGAGGAUGAGACGUUUCCUGCGGAGGCUUAUUCCAUAGGUCUGCAGCUCCUCAAGGGAAGAAACCUCUCCAACCUAAGCUGGAUGCGGCCAAAGGAUUUAUUGAAGGGUAAAUCAGAGCCUCUCUUCAUCCUGGAAGGUGCGAGCAGAUUCGAUAUCCAACAAGGAGAGGCAGGAGACUGCUGGUUCCUGGCAGCACUGGGGGCCUUGACACAGAGUCCACAGUAUCUGCAGAAGAUCCUAAUAAACCAAAGUUUUUCAAACCAGUAUGCGGGGAUUUUCCAUUUUCGGUUCUGGCGGUGUGGCCAGUGGGUGGAAGUGGUCAUUGACGAUCGCCUACCUGUCCUGAACAACGAGUACCUCUUCGUCAAACCUCGCAAUGAGCGAGAGUUUUGGCCGUGCCUGCUGGAGAAGGCCUACGCCAAGUUUCAUGGGUCCUAUGCCAACCUGCACUAUGGCUACCUCCCCGAUGCCCUGGUGGACCUCACGGGAGGGGUGGUUACUAACGUCAGCCUGCACUUGUCCUCGCCUGACCUGAUGACGAUGGUGAAGACGGCAGCGGAGGCAGGCUCUCUGAUGACCUGCGGCACCCUGGCCAGGCCCACAGGCGAGUCCAUGAGGAUGGCAAAUGGACUGGUGAGCCAGCAUGCCUACACAGUGACUGGUGCUGAGCAGAUUGAGUACCGGAGGAGCUGGGAGUAUCUUAUCCGCCUGUGGAACCCCUGGGGCAGGAUCGAAUGGAGUGGGCGCUGGAGCGACCGGUCCCCGGAGUGGCAGGAAAUCCACAACCUGCGGAAAAACCAGCUGUAUGAGGAUAAGGACAAUGGAGAGUUUUGGAUGUCAUGUCAAGAUUUCCGAGAUAACUUCUUCGGCCUGUUUAUAUGUAACCAAGUUCCAAUCAGCCUGGGCCAUGGAAGCACGCUCCAUGAAAGAUGGUCCCAAAUGAUGUUUAAGGACCACUUAAUUCCAGGAAACACUGAAGGUAGCUAUGACAGAUACCAGAGGGACAUGCAAUACAUCUUCUCUGUGCCAGACAGCAUGGAAAACAACAAUGUCAUCAUGUCCUUCAACAUUGGGCCACAAAAUUUAAAGGCAAAAGACAGCACAUUUCCACUGAAGUACAAUGUGUUCAAGGUAAGGCAGUAUUUCCAGCACUUCCAAGAGAGAUUGCCAUCCACCUUCUUCUCCAAAUUCAGAAUUGCUGAGAAGGGCAUUGUGUCUGAAACCACGUGCAACCUCACAGAAUGCUUCAGUCUGAGCCCUGGGACCUACGUGGUGGUAGUCUCUGAGGGCAGAGAAGCUAUUGAGUUCUUGCUCCGAAUCUUCCUGAAAAUGCCAAACAGUGACAGGCACCUGGACGGCAGCCUCAACCUGAGAGCCCUGCAGGCAAGUCUUCCAGGAAAUGGCUCCCAGAAGAACAUUUUCUACAAGUAUGCUCAGCAGGGGCUGGACAUUGAUGCUACGCAGCUUCAGAGCCUUCUCAACCGGGAAUUCCUAAGUGGACCUCCAGGGGACGCGUUCUCCUUGGAUGAGUGCCGCAGCAUCGUGGCUCUGAUGGAUCUGAAGGUGAACGGGCGACUUGACCAAGAGGAGUUUUCAAGGCUGUGGAGCCGUCUUGUCCACUGCCAGAAUGUUUUCCAGAACUCCCCAAAGAAUGCUGACGUUUUCCUCAGCUCGGAUUUGUGGAAGGCCAUAAAGGACACAGACUUCCUCGCAGGGAUCUCCAUCACCAGUGAGCUGCUGGACCUCAUGAAGCUCCGGUACAGUGACAGCACUGGGAGAGUCAGCUUCCCCAGCCUAGUCUGCUUACUGAUGCGACUGGAAGCCAUGGCAAAAGCUUUCCAGAACCUCUCCAAGGAUGGAAAAGGACUCUACCUGACAGAAAUGGAGUGGAUGAACCUGGUGAUGUACAACUGA